CGGAUCUGUUCCUGGCCUCGUCUUCGGCCGGUCAGUGGCACUGUGGUCCUCUGUGAGGCUCUCUAACUAUAUUUCUGCCCUCUUCACUACAAAGAAACAAUAACAACAGCUGCUCUGAUCACACUGAGGACUCACUGAGACAUGACGCGGAGAUGACUUGAAGAAAGCUGUACUCCUGCUCCUUCCCUCUACUGAAGCUGUUGCACUUGUCUUAAUGGCUGAUCUUCUCUCUGCUGCUUUAUUUUGAGGCUGUUUUUUUGCGCGUCAACAAUGAGGAGCAUGCUGCUGCUGCUGCUGGAGAGACGCUGAGCGCGUAUAAUGAGCGCGUUUCACUCAAUGGGAUUUUUAUAUUUAGCUCUGUGAGAGAGCGGAAAGAGGAGACCCUGAUCCCGGUCUUGUCUGACAUUUUGAUCCCUUUGAGAUCGCUCGAGCCCCCAAAACUUGUCGUCCAUAUCGCGGUGCGCGUUAUCAGGCUAUGUGGUGGUGAGGAGGGCGCUGUGUGUGAGGAGGAAUAGCGCAAAUUUAUCUACACCGCCGGUGGAAAAGAUGAUGAUGGCCGGUGGUGGCGGAGCAGCCGUGGACCACAACGGGAUCUACUCAAACCCGAAUCUCCUAAGCCUGCAGCAGCCACUCAUGGAGGCGGAUAACCCGGACUCCCGCAAACGACCGCUGGAAACUCCGGCGGAGGAGGCCGGCUGUACCAAGCGCACCAACAUUGGAGAGGAGGGUGAGUACUUCCUGAAGGUGCUGAUCCCCAGCUAUGCAGCCGGCUCUAUAAUUGGUAAGGGCGGCCAGACCAUCGUACAACUGCAGAAAGAGACGGGUGCCACCAUUAAGCUGUCCAAAUCCAAAGACUUCUACCCAGGAACAACAGAACGUGUGUGUCUGAUACAGGGUACAGUCGAAGCACUCAAUGGUGUCCACAACUUCAUCGCAGAGAAAGUUCGGGAGAUGCCCCAGAGCGCCCAGAAACCAGAGCCAGUCAGCAUACUGCAGCCACAAACCACAGUCAACCCCGACCGUGUCAAACAGGCCAAACUGAUCGUACCCAAUAGUACGGCUGGGUUGAUCAUUGGAAAAGGUGGAGCCACAGUGAAAGCAGUAAUGGAGCAGUCAGGGGCGUGGGUGCAGCUCUCCCAGAAGCCUGAGGGCAUCAACCUGCAGGAGCGAGUGGUGACCAUCAGUGGGGAGCCUGAACAGAACCGCAAAGCUGUGGAGAUCAUAGUACAAAAGAUCCAGGAGGACCCUCAAAGCAGCAGCUGCCUCAACAUCAGCUACUCCAACGUCUCUGGCCCGGUGGCCAACUCCAACCCCACAGGCUCACCCUACGCUAACACGGCUGAAGUGCUGCCCAACGCCGCAGCAGCAGCCGCCACUGCCUCCAGCCUUCUGGGCCAGGCCGGCUUGACAGGAAUGGGGGCCUUCCCUGCCGCCAUGUCGACCUUCUCUGGCAACGACCUGCUGGCCAUAACCUCAGCCCUCAAUACGCUGGCCAGUUACGGCUACAACACUAACACCCUGGGCCUUGGCCUCAACCCUGCAGCUGCGUCCGGGGUCCUUGCUGCAGUAGCAGCUAGCGCUAACCCUGCUGCUGCUGCUGCAGCUAACCUCCUGGCCUCCUAUGCUAGUGAUGCCUCAGGCAGUGCUGGCCACCCAACAAGCCUCGGGGGCUUCUCCCUGGGCUCUUUAGCUGCUGCGACAGGAGCUUCCAAUGGUUACCUAAAUGCAUCAUCUCCACUGAUGGCCUCCUCCCUGUUGGCAACAGAGAAGCUGGGAGAUGGGGCCAAGGACGUGGUUGAGAUCGCUGUGCCCGAAAAUCUUGUCGGUGCCAUUUUGGGGAAAGGAGGGAAAACGCUGGUAGAGUACCAGGAGCUAACAGGAGCCCGCAUCCAGAUCUCCAAAAAAGGAGAGUUCAUUCCUGGUACUCGGAACCGUAAAGUUACCAUAACAGGGUCGCCAGCCGCUACGCAAGCAGCACAGUAUCUGAUCAGCCAGCGGAUCACCUACGAGCAGGGCGUGCGCGCUACCAACCCACAAAAGGUGGGCUAAAAAGAAAAAGAAGAGGAAAGGAUGAAGACAGAGAUAGAAAGGAAUUGAGAGGGUCACGAUGGAUAAAAAAAAAGAAACGUCCAAAUAUCUGUUCAAUAUUUCGGUAUCAAAUGAGAGAAUCACUUAAGGAGGAGGUGGGGGAGACAACCAAGAUAUGUGUGUGUGAUAUGUGAAUGUGUUUUUAGGACUGAUGUCCUGAUGUUUUUUAAAAGUUUGUGUCGAGUCCUUUUGACGAUGGCGAUCAGAGUAAGCUGGACUGGUCCACUGCCAAGCUGCAGAUUCAAGGGUGAGGCCGCAGGGCUUCAUCCUCCUCCAAAACCUCAUAGCUCUUACGUUUUAUUUUCUAUCUGAUCGGGUUUUUCUGUUGGUUUUCAUUUUAGUUGCAAACCCUCAGCUCCCGGUGAGUUGAGUGACGUUCCAGCCAGCUGAUUGAGCUGUUUUACAAACCUUUGCUCUUCGUGUACAAUGCAGACGCGUUGUUAACAGGGGAGAGGUUUAUGAGAAGCACCUGAGGUCAUCUCAGUCCACGGGGAAGCAAUCUUGAGUAUAAUUUCUUUCAAGAAAUCACAUCUAUGUUAACGUUUGUUAAAUUCAGGCUCAUAUCAUAAUUGACAUUUCUAAAUUUGGGUAUUUUAUACUUCCAUCCUUUAUUUAUUGACAUGGUCUCAUUCAAACACAAAUAGAUUAUUUAAACCUGUGAAUACAGGUUGAUCUGAAUGUAAAAACAAUAUUAGCCUAUUGCUAUUUUUUAUUUACAGGGAUCAAAUAUUGUGUUGCAGUGAAAGAAAUGUAUAACUCUGUAAACCCAGUCUGAACUUCACUGUUGCUGUCUGCAAGUAUAGUUCAGGGGUUAAAUAAUCAAUGUGAGAGGAUAGAGGAGACACACAGGAAUGUAUAAAUAUAUUUUACAUGAGAACACACAUAGAUGAUGCUCCCGCAAAAACCACAAACACUAAGAAACAUAUUCAGUUACAGCUACAAACAUGGAUAUGUUGUUGUUGUUUAACCCUUUCUUGGUGCUAUAGGAUUAGAUGUAUCUCUCCAUUAAAUCCAAAUCUCUCUGGCGACUUCUCUUUUUAUUUGAAGUGUCGUCCAGCCUUUGGUAGCCCAUUGGACGUGACCCAGCCUCUCACCUAAUGAAAAUGGAUUGAUUUCAGCAUUUCGAGAUGAAAAGCAAUCCAAACCUAGCAUUUUAAGUCCAACUGCAGGUUAUUUUUUAUUCAAAAAAUUGGCCCCACUCUUGGUUUUUACCUGACAGUAUUUUUGCCUUAGUCACACACUUAUGAGAAUAAACUUAAAGCUACCUUGAAGCAGUGUCUCACCAGUUCAGUUUGCAACAGGAACAAAGCACUAUAAAAAGCAUUUUGAUAAGAGAAGCUGUAUGAACCAAUAUCUGUGAACAAAGAAACAUUUGCCUUUACAUUAAGGGUACCAAAUAGUCUAGAGACAUACUCUAAUGAAAGGGAAGAAGAAUGACACUUGAAAAGAAGGAUUGGACUCACUUUUUUUGUGUGCCGUCCUUCCUAAUUUGCAUCAAGACAAAAAAAAAAACGUAUCCUGCAGUUCAUCCAGGCAGCCUGUUAUCACUCCCAAAACACGUUAACGCUCACUAACUUCGAGUCGGAACUCGUAAUAAAACAUUAUGAAAUGUUUCGGCAUCGUUGUCUUUUAUGGGCAAUUGUUUGUCUAAUGCAGGGAGGCUAAUUGUCUCAAGCAUUUCCAAACACUCUGAAGAUUACCUAGGCUUCCUUCUGUGCUGCUAUCCAUGGUGUUCAUCCUGAGUACACUGGGUCUCUGAAGACUGCACUGUGAGACAUUAAGAACACAAUGUAAAGCGUGUCUGUCCCUGCUGGGGAUGUGAGUUAUCUUUUAAUGUGCACAUCUAUGUCACAUAACCCACCAAUACUGACAAGAAGGGAUAAAUCUCCACAAGAGCAUUUAUACUCCAGCGUAUUGUGAUGUUUCUGUUUACCAGUACCAAUGCACUGCACGUAAAUUAGCAGACAUUUUCAAAACCACAAAUUUACCCUCGCCACAUGACCGUGCAUCUAUAACGUCCUGGAGACAUCUAUCAGUUGUCCUUCACAUGAACCCCUGCUUUCAGAUCAGCUUUCAGGACACAAGACUGUGAGGGUUGGUGCUCGGGCUGCGAUGAUUAAUCGAUUAGUUGUCUGUCAGAAAAAUUUACCCCUAAAUAUUUUGAAAAAAUGCUAAAAUUUGCAGGUUGUGCUUUUUUUGUCAUUGGUAAACCAGAGUCUUUGGUUGGAUGGUCAAAAGAAGUAAUUUGAAGACAUCACUUUGGGCUCUUGGAAAUAGUGAUGUGCACUUAAACACUGACCGAUUAAUCGAUUAAUCAUAAAUCUACUUAACAUACAAAAACAAUUAUUUUGUGCAGCCCUGGUUAGCGCAGUUUAGUGUUCAGGAAAAUCAGAACCAACCUCUAUACCUUGGUGAAACUUAAUGAAAUAGCCUUUUCAUUUUCAUGAUUCAUGUUGGAAAGCAAAACUCUUUGUGUGUGAACAUUAACCGUGGCAACACUGAAAUCUUUCUUUCACUAUGUGUCUGGAAGGUUCACAGUCAUCCAUUAACUCCAAUCUGGCCAAGCAUAAGAAAACCUCUUACUGCCCAAGAUUUUAGCGUUAUAAUAAGAUACAAGCACAAAACAAGGGGGGUGUUUUAUCAAUGCAACUGGACUGCUCGACUGCAGAGCUCUCCGUCAAAAGCUCUCGAUCUCUACAUUGUGCCAAAUACUGUUUCUCUCUGCCCCCUCAUUAACUUUCCUCUUUCUCUCAACAUUUGAUUCCCCUGCAUGUUACUGUUUCUCACCCUCCUGUGUCUCUUAUCUUUGUGCUUCUUCUUCUACCUACACUGUGCUCUCCCCCUCUUUCUCCUUCCUCCUGUCUUGUCCUCUCAUGGGUGGUGUGCUGCUGCUGCUGCUGCUGCUGGUUGCGGUGCUGGUGGUGGUGGGAGUUAUGCACUAUAGGUCAUGAGGGUAUGAAAAUAUUUUCCCAGGCCGUAGAGUUCACAAGGCUAAAAUGCACAGAAAACACCUGCCUCCAAAUACUGUGACACCCACAAGACCAGCCAGCAACAUUAGCUCCAAGUAUCAAAUUCCCUCUCCAAGAAGAACAUUUAGACGAGUUUAGACCGUGAACUAUGGCCUUUCUUUGGUCCAGAAGAAGGCAAAUCUUGGUUGAAUAAAUAUUCAAGUGUCAGCUGAACAAACUGAGCUCAAGUUUCAGCCUCUAAAUGAAGCGUAGUAAGGACAGAGCGAUAGCGAGAGUAGGGCGGGAACUUGUUUGUGACCUCAAGCCGAAACAAUGACAUCCUUUAUGCAUAUCCUCUUAUCUGAAAAAUGACUAGACUUCAUUUCUGUGGAAUACAAUAUGUCAUGUCAUAUGAUCUAUAUGUACUUUAUUGUAGCUAUUCUAGUUUGUAGUCCAGAUGCAGUCCAGCGUUGUCGAUACAAUGUGAACUAUGUUAUAUUUGUGUGGAUGAUGAGAGUGCCAACUAAGCCUGAUUAAGAUUAGCUUCGCGAUUUGUUUGUGCAUUAUGAUGACUCAUCAUCAGCCGGUGGUGUCCAUAUUUCUGUCAUUGAUGAUUUAGUUUGACAGUAAGAAAAUGUAAAGAAUAUUGGAAGCAAUAUAGUAGCAUGUUGUCCUGUUUUGUGUUUUAUGUCUGUUGUAUGAACCUUUGAAAUUACUAAGAUUUUGAAUGAAUAGGUUUACAUGUACUUUUUGUAAGUUAUGAAAAUGCUGCUAUUUGAUAAGUAAACUAUACAAAAUAUUUUAGUUGAAAAGAUGUCUGGUCUGUUGAUUAGAAACAUGCUCUGAAGGCCGGAGCAUAAAACGAGGUGUAUAGAAAUACUAUACAGUAUUGGUAAGAUAGUAAAAGUAAUAAUAGACUCCAUAGUACAACCUGUGCCAAACUAGACCUCUGCAGCUUCUGAAAUUGUAGAUGUGCGAUCAAAUGUUAGAUAUCACUAACUUGUUUAGAAGUGCUGAUCAAGUGCCAAUCAAACACUGUCUUUUAAGUUAAGAAAAGAUAAUCAAAUACAUUACUCAAGAAAACAAAGGACAAAGAACUUUUUGUGCAUUGUUUUAUCCCAUAGGUACAUAGAGUAAGAGUUAAAGAUUGUGAUUUUUAUGGAUCCAUGUUGUUUUACACUCCAUGCAUCCCUUGUGUGUUUGUUUGACCUGUGGCUUAAGUACUGCUGUCUCACAAAUGUCUCUCUAUAGGCCAGCAUGGACUAAAGCAUAACAUGUUAUAAGCAUUCAUAACAUACCAUUAACAAUCAAAAAUGUGUUUGUGGAGUUAGGUGUUAUCUUUUUGCACGUCUUCUAUUGCAUGGUAUCAAAAAGUUAAAAAUUAUGGAGGAAAAAAAAAGAACAAAAAUUAUUGCGAGGGUGUCUCGCAACAUUCAAAGACAUUACACUGCAUGCAGUCAAAUGUAAAAGCACUUAAGUUUUCUCGCCUCAUGUUAAAAAAAAGUUGUUUUCUUAUGUCGUGAGUUGGGAGGGAGCUCAUUAUUGUCAUGUUGGCCCAAACACACACACACACACACGUACACAUACACAUACAUAAUUCUCAGAUCAAGUUGUCAUCUAUACGUCAUCAAAGGAGAUGUUUUGAUUUUAGGUACAGUGAGGAGUAUUACAAAUGUGAAACAAGCAAACGUGAAAAUGUUACUCAGUGCAUUGGCUCUUUGUGUUGUUAUUUUUUUUUUAUUAUCAGGCAUGCUUUUAUUUUACAAACAGGUUGAACCUCAUGUAACCUGUCCCAUAAUGUUCUUGGAUUUUUUUUAUGUCACAGCUUAAAAAGCCCAGAUCUAAUCUAUGAAUGUAACCAUAUAAUCUUUUUUGAAGUCACCUUUAUUUCUGCCGAAUGUUAUCAGUCUUUAAUGUAAAAUCAGGGCAGGAAUGUCAGAUACAUGUAGAGUUAAUAUCUAUGUCAAUAACAGAUUUCAGCUAUAGUCAGGUAGGCCUCACACGGCCACAGUCAUGAACCAGAUACGUUUUUAACACAACUUCCGAUUCGCUGUCAACAUUAUCUUGUUUGUUUGGUGUUGCAUAAAUGCACUUUACUGAUCAGUGGGUCAUUUUGGGUGUAAAAUGAAGCAAACCAUGUUGUUUAUUAUUUUUAUUAUUUUGUUUUUGCUGUUGCUCUGAUGUUACCUUUUAUUUAUUUAUUCCCUGAUCCUGUUGGGUCUCAUGAAUGAUGGAAAAGGGCUGGAGUCUCAGACAAAACAGAAAAAGUAGCACCUGUUUCCUCACAUUCCCUUCAGCAGAGGUCUGUGUCAGUCACUGAGUGCUUUGUUUUUUUUUUACCAACAUGACAAACCAGGAAGGAUCUGUACAUCUUUUGAUUUCAAUUACAAAUUUAACAAGCUCUUUAUUUAUUUAGAUCUUUAAGAAAAACUGAGGGAUGCAAACUCAAGCUCUAUGAGGUCAAUUUUGUGUCUUUAUGCAGAAAAAGAGAGUAAAACUUUUAACAAUGCAGUAAAAUAAUCACAGAGAGCACUGAUCACGCUCUCUCGUCUCUCUGACAGUUCCCUUUACAGCGCAGUGCAUGAUGGAAGAUGUGGUUCAGUUGGUGACCAUCAGUUGUACACUACUUUUCCAGAUGCAUUGUGGGAAACAAUGAGUCCACUAUACAGGGUAUGAUAAUUAUCACUCAGAACUCAGCCAGCACUGCAGAAUGGCGUAAUCACUAUAUAGAGCUCUAUGUAGUGAAUAGUGAGUGAUUUCAAACACAGCCUAUGUGUUGGUUCAAACAGCAGCCAUUUUCUGUGAUGUCACACUCAGGGUGGGAAGCUCAAACGCUGUCAUGUUGUUGUACAGCUAUCUUCACCUAGUUGAUUAUUGCCAAUGUUAGCCUUAAUGGGUCAAAAAAUAUUUGGUUUGUAAAAACAUUGAAGUCAGUGUGCACCAUUCCUACAGCAUCACAUCAUUUCAAAAGGUAAUGUUAGCAUUCAGUGAUGUCUGAGCAAACUGUUACAAAAGCUAUGAAGUCAUUAAACUAUUGUAAAAGCUGUAGACUGACAGCAGCUGAAGUGCGUUUGAAUACUUGUUUAACUACAAACGUCCCUUUUAUUGUCUUCUCAGUUGCUGAUUAAAAGGGAAGCUUGAAAGAAUAAUAAUCUGCCCGAUUUCUCACAUUUAUGGGGCUACACCCUGGAACACAGCAGUAUUCUAAAAGUUUUUGAGCUUCCCACCCUGAGUGGGAUGUCGGUGGUAAAUGGCCAAAAAGUGAACAGAGCUGGACAUGGUCAGAGAUGAUCUCACAGAAGAUUCAAGUCCACCAAAAGAAAGCCUUUUACUUUGUGAGAAAAAGUUUUCUGAACAAACUUUUAACUACAAAUGUAUUAUCCCUGCAGUAAAACAUUUUUGUUGCAGUGUAGAUUGUUUGUUCGUCAUUGCAUUGUGUAAAGUUAUACUCCUUUGACUCUUGAGUUUGAUUGCACAAUAAAGACACAAAAGCUUAGAGAAGCAGUAAAGCUCUGGCUGAUGUACCAGUCAGGGCUGGCACCAGCAACACGAGGAGUGUCCCUGCACUUUGACAUCAGAAAAAUCACAGAGGAAAUCCAAUAGAGUGGCCUAGUAACAUGAAUAUUUCUGUCCUUACUUUUGAGUCACAAACCCUUAUUGUUGGAUUUAUUUUUCAUCUAGAAGCUAAACGUAUCACAGUAUCAUUCCAGAAAGUUACGUUUGUUUUUCUCUUCACUCCUAACAUGUCCUGGAUGUUCAUUUGCUGCCUCCAUGAAAGCCCUUUCUUUCACAUGGAGGACUGGUUUUUACAAACUGGUGAAGGCUCUCUCACAACCUGUUCUCUCUGAGUGUCAUGUAAUGUCACGUUUUUUGUUUCAUCCCAGUGUCCGCCCUUUAAACGGAAUAAAGUACCUCUGAGCCCCUCUUGUCUGAGAAAAUACAAGAUCCUUUGCCAACCAGAUAUAAGGCCGUUUUUCAUCUUUGACCCUUUGAACCUCUCAUGAACUUAUUUGACCUUCUCCAUCCCUCGAGAACUCAUGUAUUUUACACUCUAAGACACUGUUCUGUUGUUUCCUGGUUGUUUUCCUGGACAGUUCUGCUGGAUUGCUGAGGUGUAAACUGGAGAAAGCACCUUGCAAUCAUGUUCUCAUCAAUGAAGGUUUUCUUUUUCAGGGUUUGGUUUGACUUCUGUUCUUUCCAUCUCAGAACAAAAUGGACUGACAGCAUAAGAUCAAAUAUUGCAACUUAAGAAGAGUGAUGUUUUCAUUGAUUGAAAAAAAGUUCUGUGUUUCAUUUGUGACGAGAAUAAUCUGUGAAAGUCCACAGUGUUAACUACUUAAAGGGCUUUCCGGGACAGCGUUUGUAUGUCUUUUCAAAUGAAAAAGUCCUCUGAGUAUAUUAAGUAACAAGAGGAACAUGUCUUCUUGUGCCAUUUUAGAAAAAGUGAAAGCUUUUCAUGGCAAACACUGUCUGCAAAGAGUGCCAAAUAAUCCCAUACUGAGCCAAAAGGCAGCCAGCCUACAUGACUAAAUGUUAGAUCACUGGAAUGGUUACGUCCCAUUUCCACUCCCCUUGAAAAACAUCACCCUAAUCGUACGAUGUUCGAGCUCAUGCACCGUUAUUGUUAUGCUGCCAGUCUGUUUUCUGCUUUUGUCAGAGAAACAUCUCAGAAGCAGUAUAUUUUCUAAAUGAAACACUGUUGAUAAACUGACAACAGCUACUAUGGUGAGGGAAUGAGAGGAUUUUAAACGUGUCAUUGUUUUUAUUCUUUGUUGAUUUGAACAUUAUUCAUUAAUAGAUUUAACGGUAAUGACUAUUUAAUGUAACUGUAGUACUGUGUUUGUAAAAGAAAUUCAGUGAGUUGUGUUUUAUGACUCGUGGACUACCAGUGAAGUCAGCAUUUCAGUGUUAAUAAUUGAAUUGUUUUUUAAAGAUUAUUUUUGCGACGGCAACAAAGAGUCAUUAUAAAUGUUCAUUUUAACAUCA